ACAACAGACAUCUGAGAUAUUGCAAUAGUAAAUCUGAGUAGAGGACACGACAUUCAUCGCCGGUAGAGGUCUCCGGAUAGGCUACACAGGACAAGGGGCAAAGUUAGAUCUCAGCUGCACCACAUGGGGUGUCACCGUGUCACUGUUGGACGCACAAGAGGCAGCGUUUGUGGGGGGAGAAAAGUGAAGCUGUGAGGGAAGACUGUACAUUUUUUUUUUAUCCUCUGCUCCAAUCUCGGCUCCCACAUCAGAAGAGACGACAGUGUUUGAUUCGGGGUUUGCCUUAAAACCUCCAGGGAGUUUCUCUCUCCGGUGGGGCCGCCUGGAUCUGGCGCUGUGGCUUGUUUGGCACUUUUCGAAGCGAGUCUUUUUUUUUGCGCUCACUUUAAGUUGAGCUAAUAACGGCUCUGCACAGGACUGUAUCUGUAAAGUUGCCAGAAAGCGGUGACGAUGUUUUGCCGAAAUCAAACAGCGAGAGCCACCGUUGCCCGGGGCUCUGCCCUUGAAAUGGAGAUACGGCGAGGGAAGUUCAGAAAGAGCGUUUUCCUGGACACAUCACAGGACAGCGACAUCCAGAAGAAGAUCGACCAUGAGAUCCGGAUGCGCGAUGGGGCCUGCAAGCUGCUGGCCGCCUGCUCGCAGAAAGAUCAGGCGCUGGAGGCGGCGAAGAGCCUGCAGACCUGUAGCACUCGCAUCAUGGCCUACAUGUCGGAGCUGCAGAGGAUGAAGGAGGCUCAGGUCAUGCAGAAGGUCACGCGGAGGUCGUCGGACGCAGGGCCGAUGGAUGACAGGCUCCCGUGCAAAGGAAAAGUGGCCAUCUCAGAUCUUCGGAUCCCGCUCAUGUGGAAAGACACAGAGUACUUCAAGAACAAAGGAGAGCUUCACCGUUGUGCAGUGUUCUGCCUGCUGCAGCUGGGAGGAGAGAUCUUUGACACAGACAUGGUGAUAGUAGACCGGACGCUCACUGAUAUUUGUUUUGACAACACCAUCGUAUUUAACGAAGCCAGCCCGGGUUUUGAGCUGCGCGUUGAGCUGUACAGUUGCUGCUCAGAGGACGACUACUCAGCAGGGAGCACGCCGAGGAAACUAGCCAGUAAGCUGAGCUCCUCGCUGGGACGAUCAUCUGGGAAGAAGCUCCGGGCAACCAUGGAGCCUGGACCGUGUAGUCCUGUUAGCAACGGAGGGGCAUCUCCUCUUCUGCUGCCAGUUCCCUCUGUACCGGGCCCUAAGUACCACCUCUUAGCUCAUACCACCCUGUCGCUGUCACACAUCCAGGACAGCUUUCGCACACAUGACCUCACCAUCUCAGGCAACGAAGAGUGUUCUUAUUGGCUGCCACUCUAUGGCAGUAUGUGUUGCCGCCUCGCAGCUCAGCCUCACUGUAUGACCCAACAGAUGACGAGCGGAUGUUUGAAAGUGAAGCAGUUGGGUGGCGACCCUCAGAGUUGGACAGAAGUCUACGCCGUUUUAAAAGGAACGAGCCUUUUCUGCUACCACCGGCAAGAAGAUGUGGAGGCUAACGUUGAGCCAGCUUUCACGAUUGCCAUCAACAAGGAAACCAGAAUACGUGCGUCAGAGAAAGACCCUCAGAGUAAAGUUCAGAAUAUCCGUAUCAGUAACCAGUACGGAGGGGAGGAAGUCACGCACACACUGACAACAGACAGCCGCGAGGACACACACCGGUGGAUGGAGGCCUUUUGGCAACAUUUCUAUGACAUGAGCCAAUGGAAACAGUGCUGCGAUGACUUAAUGAAAAUUGAGCUGCCAUCGCCAAGGAAACCAGCUCCUGUCACACCAAAACAGGGCUCACUCUAUCACGAAAUGGUUAUUGAAUCAUCUGAUGACCUCAGCAGCACUGUGUCAGACAUCCUGGCUCGGAGGAUGCAGGAGCUGGAGCUCCGCAGCCAGCUGGGCACCUCCCCCACCUGGAUGUCUGUGUUUGACGAGAGCAACCCCAAAAGCGCUGGUCGCCCCCGUCCCUGUACCUCUCGCCUUUCCGGGCACAGCCCCUGCACCCCUCAUCGACUGCCUCGGAGCCCUGUGAGCCCUCACCGCUGCCCCCAGCUGGGUCUGCUGUCCUCAGACGCAAGCCUGACUUCAGACAGCGACAGCCACUGCAGCACCAGCCCCUGCUCUCAACGUCACGGCUGGCCCGAGCCUUCUUCAAACUUCUCUCUCUUGUCAUCGUCCCCCUCUCGCCUGAGGCCACGCACUCUGUCACUGGAUGCUAAGCUCAGCACCCUUCGAGGGAGGGGGUACGGAGGUGGAGGGAACUUCCAGUGCCCAUGCCAGCCUCCUUCCUCCUCGCUGCUCAACCCAAUUCCCAUCUCCUCCCGUUCACCUCGGUCACAGCACAGCACACAGACCACACUCUCCUGCUCCAGCUCCACCUCCAGCAACAGCUCCAGCAACAGUGAGGGCAGCCACAGCCCCGAAUCAUCUGAGGGAGUCCCCUUCUCGAGGCCCUCCCCGGCUCGACGAAGCCUCAGGAACCUCAGGGCCAGACUUGAUCCUCGCAACUGGCUUCAAAGUCAGGUGUGAAGUUGUCCCUGCCUAAUAGACAUUUUAACGCUGGCCUAAAGGCAACAGUGCUCGUUAAACCAUGAUUUAACAGGCUUAGCAUAUGUGAACCAACCUCAGGCAAUCUGCUAGGCCACAUGCACAGCCCUGAGGAGGAUAAGCUGCCUCUAGCCUGCCUCCUGGUGGAGGAUGGAUCAUGGAACCCCCUCCUGGGGCAAACUGGAAUGUCUUCUAACACAAAAGACAGGUGACAAUCACUGCAGGCGACUCUGCACUUUGCUGGGUUGCCACAAUUUAAAGCUGGUCCAAGACUAAAUGGGAGGUACUCUGCUCUGCUUUGCUGCUUUGGGAGAAAGUGAUGCUGAAAGAGCUGAAAGGACUUACUCUGAUAAACACGUCACACUAGGCCUACUGUCUGUCUUUGGACUCUAAUUCUGAAAUUAGAAAAAGGUUUUGUUCUGUUGUCUGCAUCCUGGCUACUCAAACGUUAUUUUUUAUUUCAAGGUCAUCUCUAUUAAUGCACUAGCGGUAUUUUGACUGGAUGUCUAUUCUCUCUAUUUUAUAAAUAAAGGUUUGCAGUGUUUAUGCUAUGAAAAGCCAGUGAGCAUGUGGCAAGACGAACAUGCAAGAUGAACAUAAGGUAUAAUCAAGAGUUAGAAACUGUUAAGUGUGGAGGGAAGGGUUGGUGUCUGUUGCCUGUACUGUGAUCUACUUCGGUGUACGUAUCUAAUUAUUCAUACAGCAGAUGAUCUUUGUGGUUCUCCUAAAAAAAAAAAAAAUGACUAUGCA